AUGGCUGAGAACGCAGAGAACACUCAAACUGCGAUCCUACAAGUCCUGCAACGCCUAGAGGAACGUUUAACGCAUUUAGAGGAGGCACCACGAAGGAUGCAACCUGUUAGGUUCAAUAUGCGCCCCAAUAACGCAAAUCCAGACCCGGAUCCACCUGAUACACAACAAAGACCGAGAAGAAUGCAAAAUCCAAGAGCUCCUCUUGAAGAGGAUGAAGAUUCUGAUCAUUCUACUCAGAACCGACGGAGGAGGAAUGUUCAAAACCAAAGAUAUGUUGAUGAAAGUGAUGAGGAGGAUGUACCUAGAAGGCAACUACGAGUUCAAAGACACCAAGGUACAGAUUUGAAACUCAAACCUCCUACUUUUGCUGGAAAAGUUAAUCCUGAAGCUUAUCUCGAUUGGGAGAGGCGGAUGGAAAAUAUUUUCGAUUGCUAUACAUAUACCGAACAGAGGAAGGUUCAAUACGCGGCGGCUCAACUCACGGACAAUGCACUCACAUGGUGGGACCGAGAAACAGCCGAAAGAAGACGUUCUCACUAUGAUCCAAUAAUCUCCUGGAGAGAAAUGAAACAUCUCAUGAGAAAGAGGUAUGUUCCACCACAUUUCCAUCGGGAUUUACAUAGACGAUAUCGUAAGUUGGCGCAGGGUAACAGAUCGGUUGAAGACUACUUUGAGGAGUUUGAGCAUCUUCAGAAUCGAUUAGAGAUAGAAGAGGAUGAUGAGACUGUUAUGGCUCAAUUCCUAGACGGACUACAAGAACGCAUCGCGAGAAAGGUAGAAAGACAAGUCUACCAUGACAUUCAUGAUCUUUUACAUCUUUCUGUCCAAAUAGAACAGCAAAUACACAAGAAGCAAGCUAGGACAAACCGAAUAAGAAUGCCUAGCAAUGUGUAUCCGAGAACCGAGAGCAAAGGACACAACAUGCCCACCUCAAAACCUGUCCAGGAGGAUCCAAAGAGCAAAGGAAAGGGGAUUGCAACAUCCAAAGGCAAAACUUCUGUAAGUAACAAAUCUAACACUCCGAGCCACGAGAUUCUUUGUUACAAGUGCAGGGGUCGAGGACAUUAUGCUCGUGAUUGUCCAAACAAGCGUGUAAUGGAAAUUAUCGAGGCUGGAGAUUAUGAUUCUUUGGAUGAGGAAGAGGCUGAAAAUCUGGAAGAAGAAGUUGAGUAUCCGGACAGCGGGGAGCUACUUGUCACACGGCGAGUCUUGAGCACCAUGACUACCCCAGAAGAAACCGCACAACGUGAAACCAUUUUCCACAGCCGAUGUACCGUGAAGAACAAGGUAUGUGGGUUAAUCAUAGAUAGUGGUUCCUGCACUAAUGUUGCUAGUGUUUACAUGGUGAAGAAGCUAGGGCUCGAAACGGAAAAGCAUCCCCACCCUUAUAAGCUACAGUGGCUGAACAACCAAGGAGAGCUUAAGGUGAAUGAACGGGUGAAAAUCUCGUUUAGCAUUGGGAGAUACCAAGAUGAGGUAAUGUGCGAUGUGGUUCCUAUGCAAGCUGGUCAUAUUCUCCUUGGAAGACCAUGGCAAUUCGACCGAGAGGUUAAGCAUGAUGGUAGGACAAAUCACUACUCUUUCAUGUUUAACAAGCGUAAGAUCUCAUUAGCACCUCUUAGCCCUUUACAAAUACAUGAAAUGCAAUUGAGGUUGUCUAAGGAAGUUGAGGAUAGCAAGAAACCGAAUUUCUAUGUCAAACCGAGCAUGGUAAGUAAAGCUUUGGUUGAUGAACGAGCUGUACUACUCAUGGUCUUUAAAGAUGUUUUGAGUACAGGAUUCGAAGAGAAAGAGCUUCCUUCCGAGAUCACACGGAUUCUAGAGCGGUUUAAGGAUGUAUUUCCGGAAGAAACUCCACCGGGGCUACCACCAACGAGAGGAAUCGAGCAUCAAAUCAAUUUGAUCCCAGGAACACCUCUUCCAAACAGACCCGCGUAUCGAAUGAACCCCGAAGAGACCAAAGAGCUACAAAAACAGGUACAAGAGUUAUUGGAAAAGGGUUAUAUUCGUGAAAGUUUGAGUCCAUGUACAGUUCCCGUUUUACUCGUCCCAAAGAAAGAUGGAACAUGGAGGAUGUGCGUGGAUUGUCGAGCUAUCAACAAUAUCACAGUCAAAUACCGACAUCCUAUCCCGCGUUUGGACGACAUGUUGGACGAGCUUAGUGGAGCCACUAUCUUCUCAAAGGUAGAUCUAAAAAGCGGUUAUCACCAAGUCAGAAUGCGCAAAGGUAACGAAUGGAAAACCGCAUUCAAAACGAAGCAUGGGCUGUACGAGUGGUUAGUCAUGCCCUUCGCUUAA